AUGGGUUUUAUAGAAGAAUUCAAAUCUAGAAACUUUUCGAUUUAUGCUCAAUGGGCUGGUAUACUUUCUAUACCUUUCCUUUUCCUUGCCGGUGGCCUUGCUUUCCUUACAUUCGUCGUUUUUGCAAUUAUUGCAUGGAUUUUAGCCUUUAUUCUUAUAUUUAUUGAAGUGCCAUUCUGUUUGAAGAUCUGUCCGACAAGCCAGAAUUUUGAUGCAUUCAUUAGGAUAUUUGAGAAUAACCUAAUUAGAACUAUAGGAUAUUUAGCGUUCUCCGUUGUAAUUUUUAUAUUUGUAACAAAAUCAGCAUUUUACGUCAUGCCUGGCUUAAGUUUAGCUAUUGCUGGAAUUUGUUAUGGUAUAGCUGCACUUAAACAUCAGAAUCAUGUUUCUAGUAAACUCACUGGAGGUACUGGUGUUUAG